AUGGCACCAGUCGGUGCUCUGCUCUGGCGUUCGCUUAGAACGUAUCAAAUCUAUGGCGCCAAUACCGAUGUCGGCAAGACCGUCUUCGCCUCGGUCUUGUGCAAUGCGGCCCGCAACUUUUGGCCGCAUGAGAAGACGGGAUUCCUGAAACCCGUUUCCACGGGCCCGGCUGCCGAAGCCGACGAUGGUCACAUCGAACGGUUCGCGCCUGACGUCGCGAAGAAGACGCUGUUUCAGUUUGAGAUUCCAGCGAGUCCCCACCUGGCCGCGGCGGCCUCGAACCAAGAUAAUGAAGUCUUGGAGAGCAUUUAUGAUUACACUUCGCGCCGCGCCGCCAAAGGACGGGGCUGGCUUUUUAUCGAGACGGCCGGCGGGGUCCAUUCGCCGGCGCCGUCCGGGACCCCACAGGCCGACCUCUACGCCCCGCUCCGCAUCCCGGUCGUCUUCAUCGGCGAUUCUAAGCUCGGCGGCAUUUCGCAAACCAUCUCGGCUUAUGAGUCUCUCAAGCUCCGCGGUUACGAUGUCGAGAGCGUUCUGCUUUUCCGGGAUGACUACUACCAGAACUAUACUUACUUGACCGAUUAUUUUGCGCGCGACCGUGGAAUUCCCGUCGGCACCUUGGAACAGCCUCCGGUCCGCGCCGAGGAUAACCAGGCAGAUGCAAAGGCCAUGGCUCAGUACUAUCAAGAGGCGGCUUCUAGUGAUGUGAUCAAAGGGACUUUGGAACAUCUGCACGGCCGUCACCUCGCUCGCAUCUCCCGCCUCGAGACUAUGGCGCGCGAUGCUCACGACAUCAUCUGGUACCCGUUCACACAACACAAGGGCCUGACACCCGACAAAAUAACGGCAAUUGAUUCCGCCCACGGUGACAACUUCCAGACCCUCGUCCCUAAGAGCCAAGCCACGUCGGAACACCAAGCCCUCCUGCAGCCUUCAUUUGACGGAUCGUCUUCAUGGUGGACUCAGGGCCUCGGCCACGCGAACCCCAAGCUUACUUUAGCUGCAUCGUACGCCGCUGGCCGAUACGGUCACGUCAUGUUCGCCUCCGCUGUCCACGAGCCGGCGUUGGCGCUCGCUCAGACUCUCCUAAAAGGCUUACAGAACCCGCGCCUCUCCCGUGUCUUCUACUCUGACAACGGCAGCACGGGUAUGGAGGUCGCUGUUAAAAUGGGUCUACGCGCCGCAAGGGUCCGGUACGGCUGGAACGCAAGCGACAGGCUCGAGAUCUUAGGCUUGAGGGGUAGUUACCACGGUGACACCAUGGGUGCGAUGGACUCCACUGAGCCAUCCGUGUUCAACGAGAAGGUUGAGUGGUACAAUGGCAAGGGUUUCUGGUUUGACUACCCCUCGGUGAUGUGCAAAGACGGAAAGUGGCAGGUCCGCGUACCUGAAGCUCUGCGUGAGGAAUUAGGUAGUCCUCGAGAGUUCGGCGCCCUGUCCGAGGUGUUUGAUGUUGCUGGCAGAGAGGGGGCGCAGCAGGCUCAACUUUACGAGACGUACAUCACCAAGGUCCUGGGUCGUCUCCGUGAUCAAGGCCGCAAGUUCGGUGCUCUUGUUAUGGAACCUGUUAUUCUUGGGGCGGGUGGCAUGCUCAUGGCAACUCUCGUCAAGGUCGUCCGCCAACGCCCAGAGCUUUUCGGCACUGCAUCCCAUACUCCCUUGAUCGACACAGACGCCAACGGCUGGACCGGUCUUCCGGUCGUUUUCGACGAAGUUUUCACGGGCCUCACCCGUCUGGGCCGGAUUUCUGCCGCGUCGUUUCUAGGCGUCCAUCCGGAUGUCAUAGUGAACGCCAAGCUUCUCACCGGAGGCCUGGUACCGCUUUGCACCACGUCCGCAUCCGACAGUAUAUUCCGCGCGUUUGAGAGCGACGAAAAGAGCGACGCCCUCCUGCACGGCCAUAGCUACACCGCGCAUCCUGUGGGAUGCCAAGUUGCCCUCGAGUCGCUGCAAGAGUUGCAAAGGAUGGACAGAGAUGGGGAAUGGGACUGGGCAAAGUUCAAUGGAUGGACCUCUGACGCAUCUGCUGCCACCAUCUCACAGGCUAGCAGUACCUCUACAGCAUGGUCUGUGUGGUCCCGUUCCUUCGUGGACUGGGUCUCGAAACAGACUGGCCGUGUCGAUGGAGUGUGGGCUCUGGGAUCUGUCCUCGCUAUUCACAUGGAAGACAGUGAGGGGGCUGGGUACUCAAGUACCGCGGCCGCGGACCUCCAGAGCACUCUUCUCCAAGGACAAACCGGGACGGGUAACGCGCGCUGGAACGUCCAUAGCAGAGUUCUUGGAAACGUUCUAUACGUGAUGACGAGCCAGACGACGAAGCAAGAGGAUGUCCAGAGGCUGGAGGCUCUGCUUCAAAAGGCCCUUGGCUGA